CCCUGGCGGGGGGCUCGCGUGGCCCGACGACACCGGGCUCCUCCCCCCCCCCCGGCGCUGCUGGGCUUCAGGCAGGGAACUACCUCUCCCAGCGUGCCCGAGCCGGGAGGGGCGUGGCCGCCGCUCCAUCCCGGAUCUCCCCUCGCUCGGCUGGCGGGGCGGUGCAGGCUGGGGAAGCGGGCACCAGGCGGAGCCAUGGCGGAGCUGAGAGUGUUUCCCCUGUCCUGCGUUGUGCAGAAAUAUGCCUGGGGGAAGAUUGGCCUGGACAGUGAAGUGGCCAAGCUGCUGGCUAGCAGUGAUCCACUGGCACAGAUUGAUCCAGACAAGCCAUAUGCUGAGCUCUGGAUGGGAACCCACCCCAGAGGCGAUGCUGUUAUUCUGGAUAAUCGAAUUCCCCAGAAGACCUUAGGACAGUGGAUAGGAGAUAAUCCUGGAUGCCUGGGAUCCAAGGUCAAGGAGACUUUCCAGGGCCAGCUGCCUUUCCUAUUCAAAGUGCUGUCGGUUAACACAGCCCUGUCCAUACAGGCCCAUCCCAAUAAGGAGCUGGCGGGGAAGCUUCACGCCCAGUUUCCUGAGCACUACCCAGAUGCCAAUCACAAGCCAGAGAUGGCCAUUGCGCUGACCCCCUUCCAGGGCAUGUGUGGCUUCCGGCCCGUGGAGGAAAUUGUGGCUUUUCUGCAGAAGGUCCCCGAGUUCCGGGCACUGAUCGGCAACGUGGCAGCGGAGCAGCUGGAGCGCAGCGUGUGCAAUGACCCCCGGGGCGUGUCUGCUGCGCUGCGGAUCUGCUUCACCAGGAUGAUGAAGAGCGAAAAGAAGGUCUUUGUGGACCAGCUGAACAUGCUGGUGAAGAGGAUUUCCCAGGAAGUUGCUGCGGGGAAGGACACCUCGGGGAGCAGCGGGAAGCUGCUGCUGCAGCUGCACUCACAGUUCCCGGGAGACAUCGGCUGCUUUGCCAUUUACUUCCUGAACCUGGUGAUGCUGCAGCCAGGAGAGUCCAUGUUCCUGGGAGCCAACGAGCCUCAUGCCUACCUCUAUGGAGACUGCAUCGAGUGCAUGGCAUGUUCCGACAAUACCGUGCGAGCCGGCCUGACGCCCAAAUUCAUUGACGUGCUCACCCUGUGUGAAAUGCUGAACUACAACCCAGCGCCCAGCAGCUCCAAGGUCUUUGCCCCCACGCAGAGCCGCUUGGAUCCCUGUGUCUACCUCUAUGACCCGCCUGUGCCAGACUUCACCGUCAUGAAAAUAGAGAUUCCCUCCGCUAUUAAGCUGUACCUCAUCUCAGCCAUCGACUCUGCCAGUAUCCUGCUGGUGAUCCAAGGCACGGCCGUGGGCACCUCCACCGCCGCCAUUUCUGAAAUGACCCUGCGCCGGGGCUCAGUGCUCUUCAUCUCUGCCAACGAGAGCGUCUCCCUGCACCUGUCCUCCCUGGAUGGAAUGCUGCUCUUCCGAGCCUGCUGCCUCCUCUAGCCUGGGACGCUUGGCACCUACCCUGCUGUGACUCCACUUAGAAUAGAUAGAAACUGGUCUGCGCAAACUAGACUUGCGCAUGAUGGGUUAGCUUGAAACUUGCCCACAAACCACUGUGUCCAAAUCCAAAGCAGCAGGGUCCCAAUCUGUAGAAGCAGCAACUCCAAUUCCCAUCCCCUGACUUGCCUCUCUCCAGCUCCCAGCAUUAAAUGAAGUGCUGGGAGGAAGAGUCCAUUUCCUUCUCCCCUCCCAUUAUAUAACACUAUAGCGGCAGCUGCUCUCAUGUCUGCUCCAAGUGGAUCUGGAGAGCAGUAGGUGAGUUUCCCUAACACAGUGCGUCCUGUAGUGCCAGCAGAGCAUUACCUGCACGGUGACAUCUCCUUCUGGGCUCAAGUGGGCCAUGGAGUUGUAGCUGGAAGGGGGUAGGGAGAGCGUGGUUGGGAUUUGUAUGGUGGUAAGAUGCAUGUAUACUAUUAAGAUAGCUCCGAAAGGGACUCCUACCACAACUGGAAAGCACAGUACCGCAAGGGAAUGCUGGUGAGUUCCUGCUCAAGGGAUGCUGUGCCAACCUGCCCGGGGGGAAGCUAUAGAAUAAGAUGGUUCGGUUGUUGCAGGAAACUCUCCGUGCUUUUUCUCCUAGCUCGUCAAUUUCCAUGCCUAGCGAUGCAGUUUCAAGCCCCGUGAUCCACUGUUAGCAGUGGAGCCCUUACCCUUUUAGCUGGGAGGAGAAUAUUCCCCAGCCAUAAGCAGGUUCCUGUGCUGUGCAGGGGAGAGAUGCUCACAUGAACUCUGUUGAAAGGUUCCAUCUCAAGUGGCCUUGAUCAUCUUGCUGUCUUGUAUUUGAAAUAGGUGCUGGGUAUAAUGGAGAACUCAUGUGGCGCUCACCCCAAUCUGUCCUAAGCAGUUCCUGCAGCAGAUAGGUUGACAAGUGGGAUUGAAUCUGUGGCUUGUCAAAGUCUCCUCUGUGCCUGCCACAUGCUAGCAUUAUUGACUCACUUUCAUGAACAGCAAGUGCAUCCGCAAAACCAUCAGCCAGCAAACCCUCUCUCCCAUGUGCCCACUUUACUGAGGCCCCGAUCCUUGGCCUAAAGCCUUAGUUUGGAGAUGGGUAUUAGACAUCCACAGCUGCUCUUCCAAAGGCUGCAGCACCUGACCCAUCCAGUUGUUUCUGGGGAUGAUAGUUAUUCCAUUGUGUGCACGUGCAAAUUACCCAUUUCUCCUAGGGGUAGAGUGUGAGGAGAGUCGGGGUGGAGUAAGGCUUAUAGAGGACCCAAAGUGACCAAAUGUGCUUUUGGCAAUUAAAGGGGAAGGGUGUGGGGGGGGGCCCACAACGCUAAGCUGUGCUGGAUCAGCCAGACUCUUCAUGCAGGCCUUCCUCUACCACUAACAGAAUUGCCUUGGGCUUAAACUUCCUCUUCAUAACAACAAAAGCAGUGGGGCUGUGAGAAUUCCCCUCCCCCCCCUGUAAAUUCUGCCACAGCAAGACACCUUCCCUAAAGCAAGACAGCGGAGGGGGGUGAACUGUGCACUUUUAAGACUGGUAAGGGGCUAUCCUGCUCUGAAGCAGGCAUCUCCGAGAAUAGUUGGAUGCAGAAGCUGUGGUGGUGAGGAAUUAGAGUAAUGGUCAGCAUCAGAGCUCCUGAGUUUUAUUCCUGCUUCUGCCUCACUGUAGGAUUGUCAGUAAGUCACUUAACUUCUGUACCUCCAUUCCUUUACCUGCAAAAUGAGAAGAACUGAUCUACCUCACAGGGGUGUUGAGGCUGCAUGGAUGAAUGUUUGAAGUGCUUGGAGCUCCUUGGCUGAAAUGUGCUAUGAUUAAAUGUUAUCCUUGCCCUUCACUGGAGCAUGAGGAAAUGGUCUUAGCUGGAACUGUGCUCAGAUUGCUGGAGCUAGUGCUGAAGGGGGAAGCUCAAAGGGUGGUUAGUUCAGUUUGCUGGACCCAACAGGUUGCUCUUGCUAGAUUUCAUUCUGUUGGUUAGCUGUGACUCCCAUGUUCAUUGCUAGUGCUAUCAGUUAUAUAGGGCCAGGCUUUCUACAGCCCAGUACUCUGUCCUGGCAAGAUUGUGACACUACCAAAGCCUGGUGCUAUUUCAGUGUGCCUACAGCUAUAGAUAUUGACUGGAUGUUAGACUAUAACAGGAGAGGUCACCCCUGCAGGGAGUGGUUAGCUUAAGCUUCCAGGUGGUAGUUGCUGGCAUUUUUGGUGGGAAGCGACCUGGUUGCAUCAUUCCACAAGAGAAGAAAUGUGCACCCACAGUGCUAACGUUAAGGGUAGCUUAGGUGUGGUUUGUUCACAUCUUAAUGGCAGUCCCAAUGUGUAGCCCUUAAACGGCCUUUGCUCCCAUUGUGGUGUCUAGGUCAGGCAGCACCACAGUGCCAUCAGUAUUAAAGAAUUCACUUUAGUUUUCCAAACCCAGAAUGAUCUGCUGUGAACACACAGGCUGCAGCAGCCAGGUGUGGUGAUAAACUUCCAUUUGUGGAGCUGAUCCUUGUUCUUUCACCUGCCUGUUGCUCAUUUCAAUCUUUUAACCAUGGAGACUCAGCCUGGGCUCCGUCCCUCUUCAGUUCCUUGUUCCAUGGGGGUGUGGUUCAUCUAUCACUUAUCAGAUUAAUAAUAUUUAUCAGAUUAAUCUAGGCUAAGAACCUUGGGACCCAGUGAGAAUUACAUAGCAUCAAACUCCACUCCAGUGGAAUAAUCCCCCCUUUGUUUGGCUUUAAGGAAAAGCUCCUAUUUUGAUGUAAUAUUUUAGGCAAUUCCUCUGUUGAGAAGGGAACACAGUGUUGUUGUAGAAUGAAGCUGUGCUCUUAACUUGAUUCAUUCUGGAGCCCCAAGAGUUAAAUAGCUUCAGAGGGGUAGCCAUGUUAGUCUGGAUCUGUAAAAGCAGCAAAGAGUCCUGGGGCACUUUAUAGAUUAACAGACAUAUCAGAGCAUGAGCUUUUACUACGUUGGAUGCAUGGAGUGGAGAGUUAAAUAGGCUCUGCAGGGGUGGGGAAGGAAAGCUGAGGAAAGAACUGAACCCCAGGAGGAACUAGCCUUAGGCAUAUAACCUGUAUUUAUGAACCACUGGUGAGUGAGACUUUUCUUCCAACACACCUGGCUGUGCUGGUUUGACUUGUCCACCAUGUGCUGCUCUAUCAAGAGCUAUAAAUCCAUUUAGCAGGGUGGCACGGGUGGGGCACCAGUGACAAAGAACCAUGCAGCAUGGUAUGUCAACAGCUAGGGUAUAUUCAUGGACUGGAAUGUUGUAACAUAAAGAGGAAUAAAUAAAGAGUCACUGCAGAAGACAA